CGCCUGCCGCUGCUGGAGCGGCUGCACCUGGACGACAACUCCGUGUCCAGCGCCAGCAUCGAGGAGGACGCCUUUGCCGACAGCUGGCGGCUCCGGCUGCUCUUCCUCAGCCGCAACCACCUGAGCAGCGUGCCCCCAGGGCUGCCCCACGCGCUGGAGGAGCUGCGCCUGGACGACAACCGCAUCUCCACGCUGCCGCGGCACGCCUUCGCCGGCCUGCAGGGCCUGCGGCGGCUGGUGCUAGACGGGAACCUGCUGGCCAACCCGCGCAUUGCGGACGACGCCUUCAGCCGCCUGCAGAACCUCACCGAGCUCUCGCUGGCGCGCAACUCGCUGGCCGCCCCGCCGCCCAACCUGCCCAGUGCCCGCCUGCAGCGGCUCUACCUGCAGGACAAUGCCAUCAGCCACGUGCCCGCCGGCGCGCUGGCCCAGAUGCGCGAGCUGGAGCGGCUGGACCUGUCCAACAACAACCUGACCACGCUGCCCCGCGGCCUGUUCGACGGCCUGGGCGGCCUGGCCCAGCUGCUCUUCCGGAACAACCCCUGGUUCUGCGGCUGCAACCUGGCGUGGCUGCGGGCCUGGGCGGAGGCGCGUGCAGCCACGGUCAGUGUGCGGGGUCUCGUGUGCCAGGGCCCCGAGCAGGUACGGGGCGUGGCCCUCGAGGACCUGGCCGGCGAGAUGGACGCGUGCCUCGAGCCGGGUUCGCCGCCCGGCGUGGCCGCCAAGGCCACAGCCGGCCAGCACGCGGCCUCCGCCACCACGCCCCAGGGCUCGCUGUUCACCCUCAAGGCCAAGAGGCCCGGGCUGCCCCUCCCAGACUCCGGCGUCGACUACCCCCUGGCCACGGGCGGCGGCGCCAAGGCCCUGGCCCUCCACGUGAAGCCCUUGACGGCAGACUCCAUCCGCAUCUCAUGGAAGGCCACACUCCCCGCCACCUCCUUCCGGCUCAGCUGGCUGCGCCUGGGCCACAGCCCGGCCGUGGGCUCCAUCACGGAGACCCUGGUGCAGGGUGACAAGACGGAGUACCUGCUGACGGCCCUGGAGCCCAAGUCCACCUACGUCAUCUGCAUGGUCACCAUGGAGAGUGGCGGCGCCUCGGCGGCCGACCAGACACCCGUGUGCGCCAAGGCAGAGACGGCCGACGGCUACGGCCCGGCCACCACGCUCGGCCGGGAGCCGAGCGCCAGCGGUGCCCUGGCAGGCCUGCCCCUGGCAGGCGUCGUCGGGGGCACUGUGGCCCUGGUCUUGCUCUUCCUGGUCCUGGGGGCUGUCUGCUGGUACGCGCACCCAGCAGGUGAGCUGCUGACCCGGGAGCGGGCCUACGGCCGCGGUGGCCGGAAGGACAGCUACGUGGAGUCGGGGACCAAGAAGGACAACUCCAUCCUUGAGAUCCGCGGGCCCGGGCUGCAGAUGCUGCCGGUCAACCCGUACCGCGCCAAGGAGGAGUACGUGGUGCACACCAUCUUCCCCUCCAACGGCAGCAGCCUCUGCAAGGCGACGCACGUCGGCUACGGCACCACGCGGGGCUACCGGGCCGGCGGCAUCCCCGACGCGGACUACUCUUACACC